CCUCCCCCCACAAAUAACCGUCUAGGAGCUGAUACUGGAGGAAGAAGCAGGAGCUGCUGACUUUUCUGCUCUCUAGAAAGAAAAUAAAGAUGUCUGGAAAACCCAAACUAUACUACUUUAAUGGCAGAGGUAAAAUGGAGUCCAUACGCUGGCUGCUUGCGACAGCUGGGGUUGAGUUUGAAGAAGAGUUUUUGGAAACAAGGGAACAAUAUGAAGCAUUGCUGCACGAUGGAGCCUUGUUGUUCCAACAAGUACCAAUGGUGGAAAUUGAUGGAAUGAAACUUGUCCAGACUAAAGCUAUUCUCCAAUACAUUGCUGCAAAGCAUAACCUCUAUGGGAAGGACCUGACGGAGAGAGCUCUAAUUGAUAUGUAUGUGGAAGGCACCACUGAUCUAAUGGAGAUUAUCAUAUGGUAUCCAUUCAUUGAGCCAGAGCUGAAAGAGGGACACCUCAAUAAAAUUCAGGAAAAGGCAAAAAACAGAUACUUUCCAGUUUAUGAAAAGAUCCUGAGAGAUCAUGGUGAGAAGUAUCUUGUUGGAAAUCGUCUUUCCUGGGCUGAUGUGCACCUGCUGGAGGCUAUCCUAAUGGUGGAAGAAAAGUGUGCUGAUAUACUGACUCAUUUUCCUCUCCUCAAGGUCUUCAAGACAAGAAUAAGUGAAAUUCCUACAAUCAAGGCUUUUCUGCAGCCUGGGAGCCAGCGAAAACCAGUGCCCGAUAAGAUAUAUGUGGAGACAGUGAGGACAGUUCUGCAGCUUUACCGCACCGCGCCAUCUACUUAAUGUGGGGCAACUUCUGAAAUAUUCUAAUCACCAUUGAUAAACAUUUUCUUAUGACUUUACAAGCUUACUCUACAAUACAUAUUGUAUGAACUCAGCCUUGAAUAGUAUUAUAAAGUGAUAACAUUAAACAAUCUAUUACUGUG